AUGGACAAUUUCGGUUACCGCGAGAUGGCUUGGCCAGCCUCCUCCACCGCGUCAUCCGCCCGACUAUUAUCUCGAUCACGUACGGCUAGCAGUUUCAACUCCAGAAAUCGAGAUGAAGACCUCCCCUUCAACACUACCUACAGAUACCUCCGGAGCCUCGAUUUGGUUGAGGGUUCUCGAGAACAAGGAAAAGAGUAUUUAUUCGUCGGACCUUCUCCACCUGCCGAAGAUAUGUCCAAUAUGCAUCAAAGUUUUGUGAUUCUAGCCCCGGAUCCAGAAGCUAAGUUGACAGAAGAAACUAUCAGACGGGGUUUGUGCGAACGUGCUUUUACACUAGGUGCUAGCAGAUUUUUUGAUGACAUCGAAUGUGGGUUGAUCACGGCAGAUAAUAUAGAAGAUCAUAUUUGUUCUGCUCCGGAAGGCGUAGUAAAUUUGACCUUGUUAUGGGCUGCAUUUUUGUCACGGGAUGAUUUGCUGCCUUCUAUUUUUAAUGUUGGAGCGGAUAUUCACUCAGCAGAACCGAUGGGUCUCACAGCUUUACACCUUGCUGCAUUCAGCGGUGCUGGAAGAUCAGCUGUGUUCUUGCUAACUCGUGGUGCCGAUCCGGACUUUGCUCCUAAAUACUUUGCCCCUCUGCAUUGUGCUGCAUUUGGAAAUUCACUAGAAGUAGCUGAAAUUUUGAUUGCAAACGGCGCUUCUUUGCAUGCAGUCGUACAACGAACUGGCUGUGAAGAUAAUCUCGUUCACUGCGCAGUAAGAUGCAACGCUGUCGAAUGCAUGGAACUAUUUAUAGAUAAGGGUGUCGAUCCAUGUUUUACAACAUCAGGAGGGUUGAAUGCUUUACAUUUGGCAGCUGAACUAGGGUCACAACGUUGUCUCGCUUUCUUAUUAAAAGAAACUAAGAUUCCUAUUAAUGGAAUGAUAAAACAAAGAGAUAGAGAGUGUACCGCUUUACAUCUGGCUGCUGCGAGAGGCUUCUCUGACUGUGUAGAACUAUUGUUAUCGGAAGGUGCUAAGGCUACCACAAAAAAUUAUAAAGGAUUCACUGCAUUACAUCUAGCUGCUAUGUGUGGUAGUUUGGAAUGCGUUGAAUUGCUACUCAGGGAUGGUAACGCUGACCCGAAUGCAGAAGAUUACACUCAACGUACGCCAGUGCACGCUGCAGUCAGUAAUUCCGAACGCUCGUGUGAUAUCAUUGAAAUGCUCGCAAGUUGGGGCGCACAAAUAAAUAAGAAAGACAUUAACGGAUAUUCACCACUACACACAGCGGCAAAAGAUGGCCUAACACACUGUGUUGAGACAUUAAUAGUUUUAGGGGCAGACGUAACUUCAAAAUCAAAGAAAGGGCAUACAGCAUUAAGUGUUAUCGCAAGAAAGUCACCGAAAUCUUUAGUAUUUCUGAGACAUAACUUAGACUGUGGGAUUACUCUUAGUUAUCCAAAAGAAAGCAAUGAAGAAGUUCAAGUGGAAUUUGAUUUCGGUCGCCUUUUGAAGUUUUCUUAUCCUCGCGAGAUUACAUACUUAAACAGUUUGAUUGAUGAGGGUCAAAAAGAUAUUUUGCUUCAUCCUCUAUGUUCCGCAUUCUUGUUUAUGAAGUGGAGGAAAAUCAGAAAGUUUUAUUUAGCAAGACUCAUCUUUUGUUUUCUGUUUGUGUCCUUUUUAUCAAUUUAUGUACUAACUGCUGUUCGUAAAACAUGUAAGGGAGCGUUUUCAACAAAAUAUGGCGUAAAAAAUGAGCUUUGUCAACCAGGAUCGAUUUUGGGAAAAAUUUUGGAAGACAACCCGAUACAAUUCGAAAGAUGGGUGUUGAUGGCAAUCACAGCUUUCGAGAUACUACGAAAACUAACGGGAAUAACUGGUUACUCGAGUUUUUGGCAAUAUUUUACUACGUUUGAAAACUUGAUGGAAUGGUUUGUCCUGCUGUCUGUGUUUUCGCUGUACAAUAUUCACAAAGAUUAUAGCUGGCAAAACCAUGUGGGGGGUUAUGCCGUUUUAGGGGCGUGGACAAACUUAAUGCUUAUGAUGGGUCAACUUCCAAUGUUCGGCGACUACGUCGCUAUGUAUCAAAAAGUUUUAAAGGAGUUCCUAAAGUUGUUAUUGGCAUAUAUUUGUUUACUACUCGGGUUCACUAUUUGCUUUUGCGUCGUUUUUCCUAACGAAGAAAUGUUUGCCAAUCCGUUAAUGGGUUUUAUUAGCACAAUGGCAAUGAUGGUCGGGGAACUAAAUUUAAACAUCUUGCUCAAUGCUCCUGAAGGAGAAGAUCCACCUUUAGUAUUCGAACUAUCGUCUCAAAUAAUUUUCAUACUGUUUCUUAUGUUUGUCACAAUUAUUCUUAUGAAUUUACUGGUCGGUAUUGCUGUUCAUGAUAUCCAGGGCCUGAGAAAGACUGCAGGCCUGUCAAAACUUGUACGACAAACUAAAUUGAUACUUUUUGUCGAAAUGGGUAUGUUUAGCUGCUGGUUGCCAAGAUGUCUUCACAAGUAUGUUUAUAGAACUGCUCUUGUAUCUCCGGAAGCUGGUAAGGUCAUAUUAAGUGUGAAAGCUCUAAACCACAGAGAAAAACGUUUACCGACAGAUAUUAUGAUGGCCGCUUACGAACUAGCACAAUUAAAUAAAAUGAAAACAGGAAAGUCUGUCCAAGAAGUUUUGUAUAAAAACAAAUAUUCGUCAAAGUUUAAAAAGGGACCAGAAAUUGAAGACCAAAACUUCAAUAUAGAAAUUAAAGGUAUGCAGGAGAAAAUAGACCAGACUACAUUUAAUCUGAAAAAGAUCGAUCAGGAGAUGAGGCAUCUAAACAUAUUAUUGAUGGAGCAGCAGACUUUAUUGCAGAAUUUACUCAAGAAUUCCGAGAGAGCGACGUCUUACACGGCAUCUACAGCAUACAAUGAUUCUCCAGUUUUCUUUUCUUAUGAUCCUCAAAAAUAGAGUUACAUAAAUUAGGCAUUUCAUUAAUCAUUAAUGUUAUCUAUUACAGACCAGAUAGUAUUAGGUAUGUAGUAUUUAUCUAGGAGUGGAAUCUAUGAAAAUUAUAUAUUGAAAUUUUCAAAAUUUUGCUGAUAGUUUCUCAUAUGUACUAUCUAUCUAUCUUUUCUUACCUAAGUAUGUAUAAUACAUAUUAUUAUAGAGAAUGUGUCUCAAAAUCUGUUAUUAUUUCAUUUUAUAUUUCUUUUGCUUUUAAAAGUUAAUCGUGCCAUUACACAGAGCUAUCAAUGGAUUAAAAAUUAUCUUCUCUGGGCGCAAACCUUAAUCAUUGUGAAAAGCAUAAUUAUUCCCUGUAGCGACCGUUGCAGACAGCUGCGGAGGUAGUUUAGUGUAAUAUUAAUCGUCCAAAAAUUAACAAGAUUUUUACAUAGUUAACUAAAGUGUAUUUUUUAUGCUGUUAGCUUUUUUAUGUGCCAGACCUAACUAACUAACCGCAUGGGAAUGCGGAUGCAUCACACCUUCCUAUUUAAUUGCUUAUAAGGACAUCAUGAUGUCCAUUAAUUGUGAGUUCCAUUGACUGCACGUACCAAGAAAUCGUUCCAGGUAGAGCCAGGUGCAAUGCGGGUAGUUAGCUAUUGUAGCUAAUCUAGUUCACACGUUAAAAUGUGGAUUUUUUCCAUAUAAAAGGGUCCUUAUGCUUCAAGCCUAGUGUAACAAGGACUUUAUUAA